UCCUACAAGAAAAACAAUAAAUUUGUAGCUUGUAAUACAUGCAUGUUGAUAAUUGACUGAGCAAAUCAUACUGAUACCAUAAAGCUAUAAAUAUCUUUCCUUUUAGUUCGCAUAAAAAGCUUAAGUUUAUUAAUCUCUUGCUAAUUAGAAGCUAAGGCAUAAGUAUAAAUGUUCAGAGUUAUACUAAUUAUCGACCUUCGUUUGGCAGCCACCACUAAUCUACACCUUUGGCCACCACCUUUAGCCGCCAUCUCCGGCCGUCAUUGUUUUGCCGGUGGCCCCAUCAUCAUCAAAUAAAUUAAUUUGUCCAAUAUUCAAUAAAAAUCAAAAUAUAUUUUUAUUUCAAAUUAAAAUAAAUAAAUAAAAUAAGUAAAAAAAUAAAAAAUAAAAAAUAAAAAUGAUCCCAAAUAGCUCCUAAAAUUUUCAAAUUGAAGAACAGAAGGAACACAAUCAUCAAUAGCAUAACACAAUGAUUGUUAUGAACCAAAAAAAAUCUCAAUUUGCUGAAACUAAAUUAUUAAAAAAUUUAUCAGCACUCAAUUCAGUACUAAAGGGUUCUUUUCAGUCCUAAAUAAACAUAUUUUUAUUCUUAUUACAUCAUGUCAUUGCAUACAUCAUAACACAAUGAUUGCUAUUAAACAAUAGAAAGUCAUCAAUUUGCAGAAUCUAAGGGACAAAAUCAGCUCUAAAUUCAGUAAAAAUCAAUAGCACAAUAAUGUCUUUUUAUAGUUGGGAACCUCUCAACUCAUAUUUAAUUCCUCUCUCAUGUAGCACGACCUCUUACGUGGGGAGAAAAUAACUGCAGGUCCUACACCUGUGACGCUAGUUGCUGGUAGGCUCGCCGAGGGAUUAGUUACGCCGCCAAGCACCUCCUAAGAGGGUGACAACAGUUAGAUACCCCGUUCCAAAAAAAAAAAAAAAACUUUUUCUGGCAUGUUAUUUUUAAAUGUUGUGAAUGAUUUAUGUAUAAGGCUUUGCUUAUUCCUGAAGGAACUUCAUUAAAAGCUAUAAGAUUCAUAGAAAACCACAUAGAAAGAGUAAGAAGUUGUAAAAGAAGAUGGACUUCUUGAAUUUACUAGUGGUGGCAAGCAUGCCAGUUCUGCAACUUCUGCUGAUAGGUCUCCUUGGAGCCUUUCUUGCAUAUCGAUGUAGUUCAAUAUUUUCAGAUAAUGUUAGACGAAACUUGAAUAAGAUUGUAUUUGCAGUAUUUUUUCCCUCGCUCGUAUUCUCCUCCCUGGCUAAAACUGUUACUCUUGAAGAACUCCUUUCUUGGUGGUACAUGCCUGUUAAUAUUGGAAUCACGUUCUUGAUUGGAGGAAUUCUUGGCUGGAUAGUCGUCAAGAUCUUAAAACCGGCACGCCACCUCGAAGGCCUCAUCAUAGCUAAUUGUUCAGCUGGAAAUUUGGGCAACCUGAUGUUGAUGAUAGUCCCCGCAGUUUGCCUUCAGGAUGGAAAUCCAUUUGGAGAUAAGAGCACUUGCAGUCUUCGUGGGCUCUCUUAUGCUUCAACUUCAAUGGCGAUUGGGAGUAUCUACAUAUGGACACACACAUACAGUCUAAUUAAAAGAGAUGGAACUACAUAUGAGGAGCUAAUUAGAGCAGAAUCAGUGAAGAAGAUGGCUAAACAGUAUUCAAGUGGAAGUUUGGAAGAUCAACCAGCAUUUACUACUGAGAUUGGAGAAGCCAUUAAUGAUCCAGAGUCUCAGCUGACUUCAUCAUUUAAACAAAUUGAUGUGAAUCCGGAUGGAACAAUUAGGCAAUCACUAUUAGCCAACAGAAAGAUGAAGCCUGGAGAGCAUAUCUGGAAGAUGGUCAUAGGAACUUUUCAUGAACUCGCAGAAGAAUUAGUUGAACCACCAACAGUUGCUGCGAUUACUGGCUUUGCAGUGGGUGCAAUACCAUGGCUUAAAUCAGUCAUAAUUGGAAGCAAUGCUCCUCUUAAAGUGAUUCAGAACACACUAGAACUGCUGGGAAAUGGCACAGUUCCUUGUACUACUCUUAUUCUUGGAGGAAAUCUUACUAGAGGUAUUGGAAAAACAGCAGUGAAGCCUUCAGCAAUAGUGGCAAUUGCUUUAGUGAGAUAUAUAGCACUUCCAAUUUCAGGGAUUUUUGUUGUUAAGGCUGCCAGCUCCUUUGGUUUCCUUCCUAAAGACCCUUUGUUUAGCUAUGUUCUGCUCACACAGUUCACUCUUCCUCCUGCUGUGGCUAUUGGUGUGAUGGCUCAGCUAUUUGGUGUAGGACUGGAGGAGAGCUCUGUGAUUUUCUUAUGGAUGUAUUUGCUUUCUGCAUUAGCUCUCACUGCUUGGUCCACAGUUUUUCUUAAUCUCCUAUCUUAAUGGUUAAAGGAAAUUUUCAUUUGGUUUCAGUUCAAUAAGAAUCUAUUGCAGUUUUGAUGUACAUAAGAUUGCAAAAACUCAUGGAUUCAAUUCUUAUUAUUUAAUUGUUGAUUUUUUUUUUCUUUUAUA